AUGCCACCGCCUGCUUCAAAGGGGAAUGACGAUCCAGGAGUGCUCCUAUAUGCGGAAGGGGCUCUGGAGAGCCUCACAAGUGCUCCCAAUGACCUUUGCCAGGCUCGAGGCAGAUUAACCCCUUCUUGUCCAAGAGCAGCAGCAUAUGCGGGAGCUGCAACAGCAGGAAAUGCAACAGCAGCAGCACAAGCAGCACAAGCAACAGCAGCAGCACAAGGCAGCACAACAGCUGCACCAGAAGAGAUGUUUGCGUUUGAUGCUGCUGCCGAAUCAGUGCCCUCAGCUGAAUCAUAUGCAUUGCUCACUAAGGGCGGAAAGAAGUUGCAUUUAAACAGGAGAGAUAAAGAUAUAACAGAGAAGAAGGGGAGUCGACAUGCUCAUAAGACUCGUCACCACCGACGCACCUCUACAUAUGACGAGGGCUACCUGCAGGGGACCCCAGGACGAACCCACGUGACCCCCCCCGUGGUGGCCCCCAUGGAAUUUCCCACUGGACGUGAGAAGGAACACUCGAUAAGAAUGAUGGAAAAGUUUGCUGACCCGACAAACAAUACAUUCAGAGCAGGGCGUAACAGGAGCUGCAGCCGCAACAGCAGCAACAGCAGCAGAAGUAGCGAAAGCAGGGGAAGCAGCGGUAGCAUUAGAAGCAGGCUGCGGCUGCAGAGCCCCGAGUUGCAUCAGCAGAGAAACAGGCGGCACUUCCAUUCAACUAAGGGGCAAAGAAAACAUGAGAAGAUGAGAGGAAGGAUAAACCCCCCAAUGAAAAGUCCUGGGACAGCUCUGGAAGAAGCGAAGACCGAUGAAUUGAAGGAAAUUAUUUUGAGAAUGCUGGACUGUAGAAGACUCGAGACCCAAAUCGAAGUUCAAAUGGAGCAGCUCCAACUUUUCGAAUCCCUCCUUAAGCAGCUCCCUCCUUCCUCUUCUAAAGCGACGGAUGGCGCGUUGGGGGCGCUUGAAGGGGGCCCCGCGGACUCUGCUGACUCUCCAGCUGAGGCUGCUCUCUUGCAACAACUCCAGCAUGAUGAUCUAUCUUUUCUUAAGGCGGCCCUAUCUGUUGGCCUCUACCCUGCUUGCAUUCUCAACACUCCGCAAGGGUCCCUCGUUUCGACCGAAAGUGCCGUACCCUCUGACCCCACAUCUCAGCAAGCUGCCCAGCCGAAGCAGGGGCCCAUGCUGUCUCAACAAGGGUCCGCUGCCCCUACGGAAAAGUGCGUAAACUCUAAGAAUGGGAUGAUGACCCCAAAGCAAGGGAUCCAGCUUUCAAAGCAGCCGUUUCCCCCGUCGGCGAAGCUAUCCUCAUCUAAGGGGGCCAACGCUAAGCAGGGGUCGCUAUCGCUUAAACAAGGGACCCUGCCCCUUAAACAGGAACCGCUCCCAGUUAAACAGGGUCAGCUACCUGGUAAACAGGGACCCUUACCCCUUAAACAGGACCCCUUACCCCUUAAACAGGGACCCUUACCCCUUAAACAGGGACCCCCACCCCUUAAACAGGGACCCCUACUUCUUAAGCAGGGACCCCUACCCCUUAAACAGGGAUCCCUACCCCUUAAACAGGGACUCCAGGCCCCAAAAGAGGGACCAGCUCCCCUUAAACAGGGACCCUUACCUCUUAAGAAGGGACCUCUUCCCCUUAAGCAGGGACCCCUACCCCUUAAACAGGGCCCUCUACCGCUUAAAAAGGGGCCUCCGCUCCUUCUAAAAGGUCCCUAG